CUUAUUAAAGAAAUGGAAUCUGAAAAUAAUAAGAAUGAGGAAAUUCUUAAACUUAAAAAUGAAAAUGAUAAACUUCAGAUUAGACUUGAAGAUAUGGAACAAAAUAAUAAAGAAGAAAUUAGAAAAUUGCAGGAUGAAAAAUACAACUUAAGAACUGAAAUAGAAAAAAUAUAUGAAAAUAAAUGCCAAGAAGUGGAAAAUAAAGAGCAUAUUCAGUUUCCAAGUCAAAAUUCUCCUUUUAGCUAUGGAGGUAUAUUUCAAACUCCAAGGACUUCUCCCAAUAUAACACACUGUACUGUAAAAAGGACUCCUCUUCUAGACCUAACCGGAAAAUCAAACCAAAAUAUGAAAUGUUAUUCAAAAGCCACAUUAAAUGCUCAAAACAGUAAAAAGUCUAGAAUGUGUUUAGUAGAAAUGAGCAAGAAGAUAAAUUCAGACACAGACAUUUUGGAUUAUAAACCUCAACAAAGGAAGUUUUUUAAAACUUCUAGAUGUUUGAAAAAGAGUCAAAAGAAAGAUGGCUUAUUAUGGUUUGAUUUAGAUGAAUCUUAUCUCAAAUCGAAAGGCUGCAAGUAAUGAAAGAACAAAAACAAAUUAUUAAUUUUAGUUGUUUUAAAUAUUAUAUAUAUUGUAUAUUUGUGUUGUUAAAAUAAAU